UACAUACAUACAUGUAAGAAAAGCAAAAAUGUCGGAUGAUAUCAGGAAAAGGUUUGAAUUUCCCAAUUCUCUUAUCCAAUCACAGGCUGUGGGCCAUCUUAUUGCCGCAGUCCUGAAGGAACAUGGGUCUUCAGAGAAGAUCCACCAGUCCACAAACCAGACUCCUGCUUUGAACUUGCUGUGGGAGAAGUGUUGCAGUGACAAUGGCGUGGUUCGAACAGCCUGCUGUGAGGGUUUGGUGGCACUUGUUGCUCAGGAUCAUGCGGAGUUCAGCUACGUUCUCAAUGGGAUACUGAACCUGAUUCCCUCAACCAGGAAUACCCAUGGCUUGAUAAAAACCAUUGUGAAAUUAUUACAGAUGCAAGCUCUUAAGGAAGGCCAUGGCGAGGAGAAGAAUGUUCAGGGGCUCUAUACUAUUAGAACUCGUCCUCACCCUUUGAUCACUGUACUUGAACAUAGACCCGACUGCUGGCCGGUUCUUCUGCAGCAGCUGACAGCAUUUUUCCAGCAAUGUCCUGAAAGGUCAGAGCUUCCUUGUAUCCAAAUAAUGGCACCAUUUCUCUGGUAUCUGUAUUGUGAACCAUCCCAGUUACAAGAAUAUGCUAAGCUUCGGCUAACCCUCCUGAAAGUCUUACUUCAGCCCCCGAUUCUUUGUGAGCAAGAACAGCCACCGGUAUUGGAACAGCAUAUACUUCAGCUGUGUUGCGACAUGGUUCCGUGCUUGCAGAUAAAAGAUUUGAUGCAGACAACUGAAGCGACGCUGUUUAUCGAGGAAGUCUAUUUAAGCCUUCUGCACCAUCCCGUCUUCUGGAAACUUCGGCUUUUGCAGAUGACCCUUCAGUUGCUGUGUGUCUGUGAAGUCAGCUUACAAAUAACUGGAGAAUGUUCGUCACUCAUUCACCUUUUAGAACGUGGGCUUGAACUUCUGAAGGAGGACUUUCCAGUUGAACUGGUUGUAAUUGGAAUAGCUUCACUUCUUCUCCAGACUCCAGCAAGUCAACAGAAGCCAAUCUUAAAUCUGGCUUUGAAGCUCCUCUCUUUUGCUGAGGGCCAGAAAAUCCCAAAGUCAUCCCUGAUGCUAGUAAUGCCAGUCCUGCAGAUUUUAUCCUCCACUGCCUUGGAAGACUGCAUAUUCGUGGAUGAAGAGGGCCCCUCAAGGCAGCAGCUGGCUCUAAACCUUUUGGAAAUGGUGCAGCAGGAAUGCUACCAAGAUGACCCCCUAAAGCUCCCCUACAAACUUGCAUUCCCGAUCACCAGCACGCUCGCUUCAACAGUGACAGCCUGGAGGCUGCUUGCGGUGAUGAGAGCAGAGGGUGCGGCCUGCGACUGGCUGGCGGCAGUGGAGUCGCUGCUUCCUCGCACGACAGCCAUCCCUGCACCUGCUCUCCUUUUGCUGGCUUAUCUUCUGAUCGAAGAUGAAGGACCGAAUCUUCGCCAGAUCCUGAAGGUCACGACUGAACUAGCCCAGGCAGAUCCGUCUCAGGUUCCAAAUCUGAUUCCAGUUUUGAUGUUUAAAUUAGGAAGACCUCUGGAUCCUGUAUUAUACAAUGAUAUCUUGUAUACGUUACCUACUCUUGGUGUUCACAAGGUGUGCGUAGGCCAAAUUCUACGAGUAAUACAACUGCUUGGGACCACGCAACAACUGAGAGCUGUCACUUUGCGCUUGUUGACAUCCUUGUGGGAAAAGCAGGAUCGUGUCUAUCCUGAACUGCAGAGGUUCAUGGCCCUGUCUGAUGUGCCUUCUCUGUCAGUGGGGAAGGAGAUUCAGUGGGAGAAGCUGAUCGCGAAAGCAGCAUCCAUCAGAGAUAUAUGUAAGCAAAGGCCAUACCAACAUGGUGCUGAUAUGUUGGCAGCUAUAUCUCAGGUGUUAAAUGAUUGCACUAAAUCUGAUCAAGCUACUCCUGCAGCUUUGGUGUUACAAGGUCUUCAUGCACUCUGUCAAGCCGAGGUUGUUUGCAUUCGCUCGACUUGGAACGCUCUCUCCCCAAAGCUGAGCUGUGACACCAGACCCCUCAUUGUGAAGACCCUCAGUGAACUGUUUUCUCUGGUUCCCUCCUUGACAGUCAAUACAGUUGAAUAUGAGAAUUUUAAGAUUCAAGCCCUCAGCUUCCUCUGGAAUCACACUCAAAACAAGGACCCAGUUGUAGCACAUGCCGCAUAUAAGUCUUUGUCGAACUUUCGGGCAGGGGAACACACCAUUCUUCAUCUGCCUGAAAAGAUCAGACCAGAAACCCCGGUAUCUGAUGAGCUGGAUGAAGAGGAUGAGGGUGAUGAGAAGGAUGUCGACCUUUCAGUUCCCGGCUAUUGCUAUCUCAAACUGCUGCCACUUACUGCUCCCUCGGUUCUCCCAGCUUUGGAGGAAUUUUUUACGUCACUUGUGAAGCAAGAAAUGGUGAAUAUGCCCCGCGGGGUGUACCACUCGGCUUUAAGAGGAGGCGUCCGUGCAGAUCAGGGAAAGACCAUUGCAGGAAUCCCUAAUUUUAUGUUGAAAAUGUAUGAAACCAACAAACAACCAGGAUUGAAACCUGGCCUUGCAGGUGGUAUGUUGUUUUGUUAUGAUGUCUCGAUGUAUCAGGGUAAAGAUGGCAAACCGUUGAAUAGAUUGAUGGCCAGUAGAGGGCGAAGUUUCAAGCAGACUUCCCUUGCUCUAGUACAUGAGGUCCACAUUCAGCUCUUGGAGUGGCACCACGCCCUGUUUCUGCCGCAGGCCUGGCUUGCAUAUAUGAGCCGAGCGUAUCCUGCCGUCCUCCAGGGCAGGAUAGCAGAGCUGGAGUUGCAGUUAAAACACGGGAAAGAAGGACCAGAGGAGGUGCAGUACAAGAGAAGCACAGCCUGGCUCUGGGUCAGAGACAUGCUGACCGAUGAGAUCACCAAGGCAGCUGUGAAGGACAGCCCCGUGGUCAAAGGGAACGCGCUGUUGGCCUUAAGCAGCCUCGCUGUCAUUGUGUCCAAACACCAAGCCAGCCUCUCCUCGGAUGCUGAGGGGGCCCCGGAGAUUCACCCUAAUUUCCUUCCAUUGAAAGAGUGGGUUUCCAUGGUGCUUGACACCCUCCUGGUCAUCGUGGAUAGUCAUUACCAACCCAGAGGACAGCUCUUCACCUCGUUUUAUUAUAAAUCCUACUCCGGAGAACACACCGCUAGUGCCAUUGCCCGUUCCGCCGCCGCCACGGCUUUGUCUCUCCUCGUGCCAGUUUUCAUUACCUCCUGCAAAGAGAAGGUCGAGGAAAUCCUGAACACGCUGACUGCCAGGUUACCUGGGAAACCAAGCGCGGACGAGCCCCAAGCCGUGCAGAUCCACAUGGGCCUGGCUUUGGGGAUGUUUCUCUCGCGUCUGUGUGAAGAGAAACUCAGUGAUGUAUCUGGCCAGCAGAUGAACCUUCUUCUAAUGAAGUCUUUGGACGCUCUGGAAAAGUGCUGCUUCGACACCGGUCUCGAACACAACACGGGCUGCAUACUGGGAGUUGGCCUCACUCUAUCCUUCAUGAGCCACAGCAACCAAAUCGAGUCCCGGGUCCACGUGGCCGCAUCCCUGCGGAAGCUCUCAGCACACCUGGAUGACAGCGGGAGCCAGAGCCGAACGUUUCAGGAGGUUCUCGCCUAUACGGUCAGCUGUGUGUGCGCAUCAGCAUUCAGUGCUGGGAUUAUAGAGGCUGCCGAGGCGGAAGAUAUUAUGAACAAACUCCGGCUGUUAGCAGAGAACAACCAGCAGACGUCAGGUUUUGCGCUGGCCUUAGGAAACAUAGUCCAUGGUCUGUCUGUCUGUGGACACGGAAAAGCAGAAGACUUGGGCAACAAGCUGCUUCCUGCCUGGAUCAGACUUGCUCUCUCAGAGGGCACUCCCACGAUGCUUUGCCUGGCAGCUCUUAAUGGCAUGGUGGCCUUGGUAGGCUCUGAAGGGGAUGUCAUACAGCUGAAGUCAGAAGCCAUCCAGACCUCUCAGUUUCAAGGCCGACUGAAUGAAGUCAUCAGGACCUUAACUCAGGUCAUCAGUGUGUCUGGGGUGAUUGGUCUUCAGUCAAAUGCAAUCUGGCUUCUAGGACAUCUUCAUCUCUCUACUGUGUCAUCAAAUCAAAGUAGAACCUCUGUUCCAACGGACUAUAGCUAUUUGCCUGAAAGCAGUUUUAUCAGAGCAGCCAUCGGCUUCUUCAUUACAGGAGGCAAAAAAGGUCCCGAGUCCGUACCUCCUUCUCUUCUUAAGGUAGUGAUGAAGCCCAUAGCAGCUAUUGGAGCAAGUUACCAAUACCCGCCUGUGAAUUGGGCUGCACUCCUCUCUCCACUGAUGAGACUCAACUUUGGUGAAGAGAUUCAGCAGCUGGGCCUUGCAAUCAUGGCGACCCAGGCACAGUCGUCGCAGAAUGCAGCUGCCCUGCUGGGCCUGUGGGCGACGCCACCGCUAAUCCAGGGGCUGAGCCUGAAUACCAAGAAAUACCUCCUGGUGUCUGCACCUCUCUGGAUGAAACAUGUCGCUGAGGAACAGGUCCUGGCUUUUGUUGAAAACUUAAUGGUGGCAGUUUUUCAAGCCGCUCCUUCUGUUUCCGGUGCUGAGUUAUGCCAGACAGCCUUACAGGGUUUGAGCCAGGCCAUGAAACUUCCCAGCCCGACCCACCACCUCUGGAGUCUGCUCUGCGACACUGUGGGGAAGAUUUUUGACCUUCUGCCAAAUAAGAUUCAGAGAAAUGAUGUAGAGCUGUACAUCAGUGUGGCCAAAUGCCUCUCGGAAAUGACAGAUGAUGACGCCCGGCGAGUAGCCCAGAUUACUAAGAGCAACAUCGAAAAAGCCACCUUUGUCCAGCUGUACUUGAUCUCCCAAGGCCGGCUCCCCUUGAUACACCUGACCGAUGUCCUCAUUGCGGCUGCGCAGCACCCGGAGAGGCAGACGCUGGCCUGGAUGAUCCUGCACAGCGUGUACCAGGCACGGAUUGGGAGCCACGCCAGCACGGGUGUGCUGAAAAGAAUGGAGUGGCUCUUGGAGAUGAUGGGUUAUAUCAGAAAUGUGGCUUACCAGUCGACAGCUGCUCAGAAUGUGGCCCCGGAAGAGGCUCUGGACUUCUGGUUGCUGAUAUUCGCAGCAACAGUGAUUGCAUGGGCAGACCACGGGGCCCCUCUCCUUCUUGGCCUCAGUGCCAGCUGGCUGCCAUGGCACGUUGGCUCAGCUGGGUCAGCACCCAGCCUCCUGGGCAGGAGUCCCAUGCACAGGGUCACGCUGGAGGAGGUGCACACUCUGCUUCCCAGCAGCAUGCUUCUUCUGCUGCAGAAGGAGCCCUGGAAGGAGCAGACACAGAAGUUCAUCGACUGGCUGUUCAACAUCAUGGAAACCCCUGCAGAAACCCUUUCAGCAAAAUCCAGGGAUCUGUUAAAAGCUGCCCUCCUGUCACUGAGAGUUCUCCCGGAGUUUAAGAAGAAAGCCGUGUGGAGCAGAGCAUAUGGGUGGUGACUGCGUGUGCAGCGCCAGCGUCCUUCUCAUCUGGGUGAGCAAAGCCCUCUUAGCGAUGGAAGGCCUGUUUCCAGGAGUGUCGUCGGAGAACGGACAUGCAGCGUUAGGAGUGGCCACCAUCACCACUUGAUCUGUGCCACCAGAAGAAGGGCACGACUUCACUUCCAGGCCAGUGGAGACUGACUGGGAACUUGAGUUUUCUCUUACUGGGCUACAGUCCAACCAGGAACUUUUCGUUAUGAAAACUUGAUUAUUAAUAUAACUGCCUGCCCUGCUAAAUUCCAGUAAAAUUAUCUGGCAAA